ACGAGAAGAGAAGGGAACUUGACUUGCAUGGUGGAAGUUGUAUAAAUAUAGCAGAGACUCUCUGCCAGAGAGAGAGAGAGAGAGAGAUUCCAAUCCAUUACCACCCAGUCAUCAAAAUCUCUAGUCUUCUUUCUUUCUUUUUCCUCUUCUUUUUGCUUUCUAAGAAUAACCAUUUCUAAAGAUAAUCAUAAUCUUUUAACGAGACAGACAACAAUAGCAAUAAAAAAAAAAAAAAAAAAAAAAAAANAAACCUGAGUUUUACUGUUUGUCCGGAUUCUCUCCGGCUCUGUGCUUUCCCUCCUUCUCCCUCUCGGAGAUGUUGUUACUCUGUUUCCCUGUUUUCUGUUCUUUUUGUUUUUUGGGAGAUUUUUUUACGAAGCUUUGAGUUUUUUCUUUUUUCUUUCUUUUUUAAAAAGUUUAUUCAAAGCUUCUAACAAAGAAUCCCAAAAGACCAAUUUUUUCUCCAAGCUAUGGCGGUUGAAGAGAUGGAGAAGAAGAUCAGAGGAAGCCAUAAGACAGAGGAGCUAAAACAGAGUAUCGAAGAUCCAUCUCCAAGAUGCGUGCUUGAAAUCCCGGUUAUGAGCUCUGAUUCCGAUAACAGCAGUAGCAGCAGCAGCAGUUGUAGCUCGUGUUCUCCUGAUAAAUCAACGUCUCCGUUAUCGACGACUCCUACGAACGUUUCGUCGUUUCAUCAAUGGAACAAAAUGAUCGAUUCCAUCAAGAAGAAAUCGAUAAGGAGAUUCUCAGUCAUUCCUCUCCUCGCUAGCUACGAGCUGACCCGUAAGAACAUGCGUCGGAAACAGCAUAAGCUGAUUCCUUCUUCGGAAAACGAAUUCGAUUGUGGUCAAAUCCUCUUCGCUAAACCUUCGUGGCGUAAUUUCACCUUCGACGAGCUCGUUGCCGCCACCGACAAUUUUAAUCCCGAGAACAUGAUUGGGAAAGGAGGGCAUGCGGAGGUAUACAGAGGUGUUUUACCCGACGGAGAGACCGUAGCGAUCAAGAAGCUGACGAGAAACGCUAAGGAAGUAGAAGAAAGAGCCAGUGAUUUCUUAUCGGAGCUUGGGAUAAUAGCACACGUUAACCAUCCAAACGCAGCUAAGCUUCGUGGUUUCAGCAGCGAUCGCGGUUUGCAUUUUGUGCUUGAGUACUCUCCUCAUGGCAGUCUCGCUUCUCUACUCUUUGGAUCUGAGGGGUGUUUGGAUUGGAAGAAACGGUAUAAAGUGGCUUUGGGUAUAGCUGAUGGUUUGAGUUAUCUUCAUAAUGACUGCCCUCGUCGGAUUAUUCACCGUGAUAUCAAAGCUUCUAACAUUUUGCUCAGUCAAGAUUACGAAGCUCAGAUUUCGGAUUUUGGACUAGCUAAGUGGCUUCCAGAGAAUUGGUCUCAUCACAUUGUUUUCCCAAUCGAAGGCACAUUCGGAUAUCUAGCUCCAGAGUACUUUAUGCACGGGAUUGUCGAUGAGAAGACAGAUGUGUUUGCGUUUGGUGUAUUGCUUUUAGAGAUCAUAACUGGUCGUCGAGCUGUUGAUACAGCUAGCAGGCAAAGCUUAGUUAUGUGGGCAAAACCUCUUUUAGAGAAGAAGAGCGUGGAAGAAAUAGUUGAUCCUCAGCUAGGAAAUGACUUUGAUGAGACCGAGAUGAAACGAGUGAUGCAAACAGCUUCGAAGUGCAUACACCAUGUAUCCACCAUGCGUCCUGACAUGAACCGGUUGGUGCAGCUGUUGCGUGGAGAUGACAGGUUAGCUGAGCUGCAACAAAAAACAGGCGGAGCAAGAACAGUGAGUCUCGACGAGUGCGACUUAGAUCACACCUCUUCCUCUUACCUUAAUGAUCUCACUCGGCAUAGACAACUCUUGAUGGAGUAAGUAAUCAAUCUGAUGAAAUCAAAUACACAAAAGGAAAAUCCUCUAUCCAACAGAGACGAAACAAUAACAAAGUGUUUUUUUUUUCUUUUUAUCAUGCCUAUGAUUUUGCUUCAUCUUCUCCAAAAGUUGUAUGUAUAAUUUGGCUUUUGUCUUAAAACUUGUGGUUGUCUCUCUGUUUCUCUCUCUUGUAAAAGAGCUUUUAGUAAAACUUUACAAUAUUCAGAUGAUAAA